AACCACCACCACCACCACCACCACCACCACCACCACCACCACCAUCACUACCUCCACCAUCACCACCAUCAUCACCACCACCAUCACCACCACCUCCACCAUCACCACCAUCAUCACCACCAUCACCACCACUACCAUCACCACCACCACCAUCACCACCACCAUCACCACCACCAUAAGCUUUAUUAAUUCUGUUUCCUGCUCUCGUUGUUUUUCGUGCUCUCUUCUUCUGUUUUAUACUGGAAUAGGAUGAGUGUUUUAGUUUAUUUAUUUUAUUGACUUAGAGAUUAGACGUUUAAAUUCUCUGGCCUUACAUUUUCAACCUUUUACGUUCGUGUUUGAAAUAGACAUAGGAAUUUAUUUAUAUGUAUUUGAUAGCGUUAUCAUACCCCGGUAUAAUGUAAUCUGUAUUUUUCCAAAUAUCGAAGGCGUCGUUUUUAAAUUCUUUAGAUAUUUUUAACUGAAGAAAAGCACUUAAAGUUUUUAUAUGCAAAUAUUACAUGUAUAAAGCUGUCACAAUAUAUAAAUCAGUGGGGGAAAGGCCUUUGUUUAAAUCAUCCGGCUUCUUCCUGUUCCCUGUCUCCUCCUCCUUCUCUGCCUCCCUCUCUCUAUUUCUCCUCCCUCUCUCCUCCCCUCCCCACCUCUCCCUACCUCUCCCUCUCCCCGUCUCUCCCUCCAUCUCCUACUCUGAGCAUCCUUGAGUUUGUUUUUCAGCAUUUACUUCUGAUUAGUAGCAGGCAGCUCUCUCUUUCCCUGUCAUGUGAGUGGACCACCUUCCUCUCUGAGCCCAGUGCCAUUUCAGCCACACCAGCCGGUCCAGGAGCCGCUGGGGUCCACCUGGAGCUGGGGUUGCAGAAUGUGGAGCCAUACCUGGCUUUUACAUGUUCUAGAAAUCCAGACUCGGCUGCCUGUGCUGGCACAGCAGACACUUCAGCCCCUGAGCCAUCUCUGCAGCCCCGAUGUCUCGUUUUAAGUGCGAUGUCCACAGCUCAUAUGACGAUGUCACUGCCUGUUUCUCAGCCCCUGCUUUGUUCUCAAACCCAAACUUUUAUCUUCAAGUGUUUUAACCCAGCACGGUGUUUUCCCCGCCACUCGGCCUUGCCUCCUACUCUCUGUUUGUCCUUUUGUUUGGUUCAAAUUCCUGCUUGACAGCUUCUAAGUAGUAAAUACUUUCAAGGUUUAGACCUAAAAAUAUCUCUAUUUAAUAAUAGUUUAAUAAAACAAAGAGUUAUCUAGGUCCGUCUGUGGGCUAUUAUCUUUCGAUCCUUCCAGGGAGACAUUCCCCUGCAGCUGGCCUCUGUUGUUGCCUAUACAGUCCUUAAGUGGUGCUGUGUCAUUUCUGACUUUCUCUACAUCGGUCAGGCCUCCUGCAAAGGCCCAUGAAGACAAAAAUGGCAGGCCAGAUGUCUCAUGGAGGAGGCGUCUACGAAGGAGAAAGGGAAUAAAAGGCGGAGAGCCUGGCCGCAGAGCAGGUGUGCAUUCCAAAGGGGUUGAGGAAGAGAAAGGGCUGGAACCAGAGAAGAAGCUCUCAGCCCAAAGCCACGCCCAGCUCGGAGGGUCCCCGAGGAAGAAGUGCCUGAUUAAAAGAUAAGUUUGGCCUUGAGCAGGAAGGGGUGACAGCACACAACAUCCUCAGGCCCUGGAAAUCAGUGCCCUGUUGGUUUCCAGGCCAAAGGCUUGCUGCCGCGUGUCUGGCCAGGCCCCUCCUGACGGGAGAACGAGGGGAUCCACGCUCAUGUCCUCCAACCUCAUCGUUAUGUGUUUAUCUUCUUUAAUACUCUUCUGUUGUCUUCUCUCCUGCAGUAUUUUAUCACCCAGUCAGAUGUCCGCACCCCGCCCCUCCUCUUCUCCCUUCAGUGAAUUUCUAUUCGCACAGGUUUAAUGGCCUGGUUCAUUCGUUUCUCCUUCGACGUUCAUUCAGUGUCUCCCCUUCGCUGUGAAUUUUCCCACACAGUAAGCUACAACCUUACUGUCCUCAGUUACCUUGUAUCUCAUGUCUUGGUGAUAUUUGGGGUUUUAAUCUGUCUAUUCCUAGUCAGGAUGUUUAUUCUUCCAUUGUAAGGUUUACCCCUGUGUUUAUCUACCAUCCUCGAUAGCCUUCCGGUCCUGCGAAUUCCUUCACGCAGCCCUUUGCUUGGUGGGGGACUCUCCUGCUUGCUACCCACUCCACAACAUCUCCACUUGCUAACGGUGAAGUGAGGAUCUGCUUUGUCCAUUUCUUAGAUGUUUUGUGCUCUCCCUCACAUAAAUCGCAGAACCAGUUUACAUGGAAGGUUUUCAGCCUGGGGGUUGCAGUUUUUCCAGAUGCCUGUCUCCUUGAUUUCUAGUUUCUCGAGUAAUUUUCGGUUUGCUUGCUUGCUUGCUUGCUUUUUCCCAGAAGGAGAAACUGACUUGUCACUCCUUUAGAAUAAUGAAUAAAGGCCUUUUAUCUCUCUUCUCCCUGAAGGGCAGCCCCGGAACAUGAGAGCACAAGGCUCGCUGUCCCCGUUUUUCUACAGUUUGGCUUGAGAGCAGACAUUAAAUCCCCACUAUCAGCUUUGGUUCUGUUAGAAACAGACACUGAAAAACAAACUCAAGGAAACCUAAAUGGACAGAAGGAAAGAGAUCCAUUUGGGACGAUUUUCAUCCACGGACAUCGAUGGGUUGAAGAAAUUAGGAGACUCGGAUAUUAUGUAAACCUUUUGGGGAGUUGACGACUCCCCACAUGAAGGGCAGAGGGGGUGCACUCUUUUCUAUCCCCUAUCUGGGAGUCACUGGGAGUUACUGGGGCAGAGGGAGAAGGAGACUUUAUUCUCUGAUGUUCCUAACUUGUCCUGUGCCAUCCGAGCGGGUCUCUGGAUUUAUGGGGGAAGAAAAGCCCAAACAAAGACGUGGACACUGGUAGUUAGAAGUCAGCAGGAAUAUCCGGAGAUAGCCUAGGCACGAGGGAUAAGAAGUUCGUAGUCUGCCAGAGUUUCGUGCUGGAUUCUGCAGUCGGGAUCCUGUGUUUAGGACCCCUCUUCACGCAGAUUGCUACAGAUUUCCUUUCGUAGUUUUCCAUUUGUUUAAACAACGCAAUUAAAUCUUCUAUUACGCAUUUUAUUAGUACAAAAAAAAUAGAAUGUUAGUCAUUGUUAAAAGGUCUGCUAAGAUCAAUGACCACAUUGCUUAGAAGCAAAAUUCUAAGAUGUUUUGACACAUACUUGGUAUAAAACAAGAUCACGCUAAAUAUGCCUCAAAUUGACUUUACCCUCAAGAUAAACUUAAUGUGUUUCCCAUAAUCGUAUGUGUAAGUGGACUUUAUUCAUUUGAUUCAUGUGGCAAAAAUGAUGUAGAUACUUGUUUAUAGGGUAUGGCUAUGAUGAAGAAAGCAGUAAACAUUAUUGAUCUGUAUCCUUUCAUAUUGACGCUUUGGUAUCUAGGUGUGAAUUCCCCAGCACUAGGCUAUAUGACACAAAGCUUUUAUACAAACUUGAAUUUUAAAAGAUUCUUUCAGAUCCACCUAAUUUUUGCUGUUUCUUUAUUCUCACCCACCACAUGCAAAAGGCGCAUUUUUUUCCACUUAAUUUAUUUAAAUUUAGUUAUUAGGGGAGGAAAUUAUUGAAUAUUCACUGGUAUGGCUUUGCUUGUAUUUUUAUUACUCUGCUUAUUUUCUUUUUAGUGAAAUACAAACUUUUUCUGCUCUGAAUACUAGCUCUUUGUCACAUAUCUAGAGUAUACUUUUAGAAGAUUAUAUUUUAUCUUUGGGGUUUGUUUAUUACAUUUUAUUAACCGUGUAAAAUGCUAUGUAACCAAUUACAUCUAUAUUUGACUUUGUGGUUUUUCAUUUUAAUAUCAUGUGUUUAAAGAGCCAUGUAUAAUUAUUAAUUAUGAAAAACUCAAGGAGCUAUUGAGUGCCUGCUAUGAACUUGAUAUACCGUGGCGAGUGGAGUACAGGACAGAAAUGAAUGAGAGGCUCUAUUGCUGUCGUGUAUCAUAUUAAUUAUAAAAUAUUUUGUUCUGUGAAAGGAAUGAAGUAAAUAAACUUUCCCCUCCACAAGUAAACAAGAGCACAGAUAACAAGUCUCUAAACGUAUGUAUCUUUUUUAAAAGAAGAACUUAACCAGUCAAAACAUCAACAAGCGUAGCGAGUAGCACUACCUUGAACAGAGCAGCCCGCAAGGCAAGCCUAGAAUUCAAGGUCUGCUCACACCGUGACGCUCGGAGCUUCCAGAGUUAACCUAUUUCUCCAUUAGCUGAGGACACUUUUGAAGAGGAACUUUUUAAUGCACCUUUGAAAACGCUGCCAAUCUUAAUCUCAGUAGUAUUUUUAAACAGCAACUAUAAUUACUUGAGUUUUGCAAAAUGUCGGUGCAAGAGCAAGACUGUUAAAACAGUCUCUGGGUUUCAGGACAUCGAUGGGAAAGGCAAAAUGUACAUAAAAGGAACAAAGUUUGAAGACAGGACAUGGUGGGACUGUGUGCGUGCUAUUGGAGCAUGGGAAGAGGGCUCUGUCCCUGUAAGAAUGAGCAAGGGGUCCUUCGACUCCAUGCAGAGAUGCUUCAGUGUACACAACUGAAGGUUGUACUGGCAUUCGUUUCAUAAAGAACUCUUAGAUAACUAUGAAUCAAAUUUUAAAUAAAUUAGGUAAAAAUACAAGUAUCUACAAAAAAGCAAAAUGACAACUUCAAAUCUUGUUUUUUUUCCCCACAUUAAUAAAGUGGGGUAGGGCACUGAGCAAACAAACUGUAACAACAGAUUCUUCAGAGUCUAAAGAAAUCACACUGUUUUCCAGCAUAGAUCAAAGCUUUGCCCCACAAACCACACACUCACACUCAAAUACACACACACAUACUGAACAGACACUCACAUAUACACACUCACAAACACCUACUCACACACAUACUACACACACAUACAGCAUACACAUAUACUGCAUACACACAAACUGCACAUACACACACUCACACACAUACAGCAUACCAAUUCACAAACACACACACGCACACACACACAUACAUGCUGCACACACAUACACAUACUCUAUGCACGGACACACACUAUGCCAGAUAGACACACAUACACUGCACAUACAUAUUCUGCACACACACACAUAUUGCACUCACACAAAUACACACACUAUAUGGACAUAUACACAUGCAUGCACACACACAUACAGAAUACACACUACACACACACACUCAUACACACAAACACAACACUGCAUACACACACACACAAACAUCAUCAUACACACACACACACACACACACCCCGUACACGCAUUUCAUUGAUGAGAUUAAGAACCUUUUUUCAAAUAUCAGUUAGAGAAGAGAAGCACCUCAGACAAGAGUCCAUCAAGUGUGACUAGCAAGGCAGACAGGCAGAACUUUAGCAAGCAUUGAAUGCAAUGGUGUGGGGGAGUCUUUAGCUUGAAAUGGGGAAAAAGUGAGAGCAAAACAGGCUGACAGUGAUGUUUGAACUCUCCAGGCAUGAAUCCCUAUCCUGGGAUUCAUUUAAAAAAAAAAAUCAAGCUGAUCUUCCAUGAGCCUUAAAGUUGACAGAGGCAGAGGAAGUUGAGGCCAAGAUUUCCACAUAAAGAAGGCCUUCAUCAAAGAGGGUUUUCAUAUGCUGAGCUGUGGUGACGAGGCCUUUCACACUCACAGGGACAAGGACAGCAGCCACCCAGAUCCUCCUUAGCCGUGAGAUACUCACGAGAGUUCAGGGAACAGAGGAAUUAGUGGCCUGGUUAGUAGUUCUACCCCAGAGAUGCAGGGCAGCAUGGGGUUAUGGUGCAGUCACUUAGGGGGUAAAUCUCAGAAGGGAGCUGUUGUUUCGUGGUCACCUCUGUGGGUGUAUUUCAGACCUGGGGAGUACAGAGACCCCAGGCAUGGGAUGAACCACUUGCUGGUAGGACCCAUAAGCUUUGGAACAUUCAUUUGCUCUGUGUUACUGUGUCAGGCUAACUGGGUGUAUCAUUGAGAGUCUGGGGUGGAAUCAAAACACCGAAUAAAAGAGGUGACAGUGCCAUUGCCCGAGUCUGUACACUAACAGGAAGGACCUAUGAUGGCUGGGGUAACAGGUCUCCACCAUAGUGAUGUGCUAAUCUAGAGGAGCCAUGAGUCUGGAAACCUGAAGUGACGGAAACUCAUAAAGCAAGCCCAAGUUUCCUGUAAAUAAAGGGAUCUGUCCAGACACUGGGAUUGAAUCUCUUUUCAAGCUGGUCCCAUAACUUUACUCCCCCCCCCCACUUCUUUUACUACACUUUCUAUGAGGUCUUAUUUUAGAGAAACUCAAAAUGUUCUGCAGGCAGAGAGUUGAAAAGGAUUGCACCCUGUAACUAAAAUAACUGUACGAUUCCAAUUUGCCAAACCCAAGCUAGAACACGAGUUGAGCAUAACCUUGAGGAGGUUUGCCUCCCUCAAACCCUCCUGUCCUCCAUGUGCCUGUCAUCUGUGGACCGGGUUUAGGAUGUGUUUGUCUUCUUGAGGUAAAAUUGUUCUGCUGGAUUUCAUUUCAUAACAUACCUUAGAACCGUUCUUCAAGUCCAACUUAAUUUUGCAGGAAGUGAUUGGAUUUGGGGUGCAAACUAAAGCCAGGGAGAGCAGCUGGCUUGGAGCAUCUCAGGAAAAUCACUCAGUGGGUUUCAGUGUGCUAAUCCCACCUGGGGAUGUCCAUUGCCCAUCCAGUCCUUGCUUUCCAGCAACAGUGGCACGGUCUGCACGGAAAUCGUUUGCUUAAGUGGUUUCCUUACGACAUUAUCUAUGCGUUGCAUGUCGAAAGAUUUUUUUUUUUUUUGAGCUUCGACUGAAAAGAGGUGAUUUUUGCCUGGCUCACUCCUCCUGGCUGCCCACCUCGUUCUGAUUCUCCUCAGUAAUGAAUCACAUUCCAGACUGCUUCCUUCAGCUUGAAGGUUCUCAAUCUCUCCCUCCUCAUCCGCCAAUCCUCCUGUCUCCUUCAGUGUUUCCUCAAGUUAAGCCUUACUCCAUUAAUAAGUACACUUCACAAACUGAGCAGAGGCGUCCUAAGACUUUCCCCCUUGAGACCUCCACAUACAGAGGUUUUAACUCCCUAAACCAAGCGACCAUGGGGAUGAUGGUAACACUGAAAGCGUUCAGUCCUUGUGAGAGGGCCGUCCUGGUUUUUAAAUUCUUAUUUCAUGCCAUCUGCUGCCUUGGGAAAACCUUUAUUUUUUUUUAUUUUAAGGGCAUGCAGAUGAAUUUCUUAAUAUAAUAUUUAUUAUAUGCAACACAUAGACUGUGCUCUGAUCUCAUUCUCUGUCACCCUUCUUGUCCCCUCAUGUCCUCCUCACCAUCCCUUUCUAUAUCCCUUGCACUCCCAUGUCUUUUCCUCACUGCAGCCACGCUCACUCACAAUGGGAGAGAAAACUUAAUUCUCCUUUGGAGACUGGCUUGUUUCAGAGAAUAGGAUGUUCUCUGACCCCAUUCUUGCAAAUGACAUAAUUUUCAAAUUUUCAAACAGCAUAACCUCCAUUUUGUACUUUACCACAUUUUCUGUGUGUGUUCCUCCACUGAAGAGCAGCUAGGUGGAUGGGUAGCUUGGCUGUUAUAAAGAGCACAGCAGCAGACAUGGACGAGCGAACUCCACAGCAGGCUGGCUUAGACUCUUUCUGGCAGAGCCCAGAAAAUGAUCCAGCUUAUAGCUCUGUUUUAAGCGUUUUAGGAACCUCUGUGUUGAUUUACAUAGCGACUGGACUCAUUCACAUUCCCACCAACAGAGUGUAAAGACUUUGCCCUGCCCCCAUAAUCGCAAAUAUUUGUUUCUAUUGUUGUUGUUUUUACUUGUUUUGUUUCUUGAUGUUGGCCAUCUGACUGGGGUCAGGUCAACUCCCCGUAGGAUUUUAAACUGCAUUUCCCUGAUGAAAUAUUAUAGUACAGUUUAGCAUUUUUUGUUUUUUUUUGGUUUUUUUGUCCUUGGGAAUUAAACCUAGGACCUUGCUUAUGGUAGGCUAGUAUUUUAACCAAAGCUACAUUCUCAGCUCCCUAUGCCAUAUUUAAGGACACAUCAUCACCACCUCCACCCCCACCUCCACCACCACCUCCACCUCCACCUCCACCUCCACCUCCACCUCCACCCCCACCUCCACCUCCACCUCCACCACCUCCACCACCUCCACCUCCACCUCCACCUCCACCUCCACCAUCACCACCACCACCACUACCACCCUCCAGCUGAUGUGUACCAAGUCGCUUGGAAGAGCAGACCCUUCCACCUCAUUUGACGUGAUUUCCAUUAACCACAUAUAUUCUGUACUGAGAAUCACAGAUCCUCAUCUUGUCCUAUCGGAAUACUUCCGGUGACCAAUGCAGACUCGGUACUCCCCUAAAUGGGAGCUUGAUGCUCCCCGUCAUUCUAGUGGCCCCCAUCUCUUGGAAGUGAGAUCCAUGUGUAUCUUUCAUCAUUCAUAUCAGAAAACAAGCAUACUCUCAGUUUCACUUGGCAGACAGCAAAACACUGAAAGACAAGGCCCUUCUUCAGAUGAAGCCUUCUGUUCUCAGUUACUCCCAGCAUUCCUGGCAUGCCAACAUGUCUGGUCCCACAUCCCUCAUGUUCCUUUCACUACCACCCUCCAAUCUCUCAACUUUCCUCUUCAAAUUUUGUCUUUGAUUUUUUGGAAUGGCUUGAUCAUACACAACACACCACCAAAAUAUCAAGGCAUGUCUAAUACACUGGGGGAUACCCCACCCAAAGGACUUGUUAACGCCAUGAUCUAAGAGCAGGGGGCACCAAGAGCUAUGGUGACAGCUGUAUAAGGAGAACAUGCGUUAAUGUCCUAAUAGCUCUGCUGAGCACAGUGACCUCAUCCCUCAUAAGGAAGCUGGAAAGCCUGCCCCACUCUCAUUCCCUUGUUUUGCACUCCUUGGAUAACAAUAAUUUAGUAAAGCUGACUGAGAUAGAGUAACUUUCAGUGCCUCGUAUUUAUCCACAGCCUACAUUAAUUAUCCUGGGUCAUCAAGUUCUAGGAAAACACAGUAAAUUUCUCAGAAUGGAGAUUUCUAAUCGAGCCCUGUAGCAGCUCAUAAUAUUCGUUCUCUGAAAUAUAAGUCUGCAGCAGACAAUGUUUUGCCCGACAGGAUAAUGGCAGUUAUCUUGUCAAUGAGCACCACCAGAAACAUACUUUAUCCAAAGACUCGAGUCUUCAAAUUCAUUAAGUGCUUCCAAGUGCCAGGCAGUGAGCUGGGCUGAGUCCUCUGUUCUAACUCCAGACACUUCUUGAGUUUUCAAUGUGGGUCAAAAUAAGCAGACAAGCCUUGUAGUUCAAGGUCUCGGACAUCCUCCACGGAGAUGCAGAACCUCUGCCCCACAGUGCCCUUCACAGUGCUGAAGCUCCCUUUCUCUGCAGACGCAGAUAUGCUUAACACUGGAAAGGGGAGUUUCUUACAAGGGAUCUGCCCAGGCUCACUCAGUGGACUGUUGGGACAAACUGCAUGGUUGCUUAGCUAUCUGGGUUUCUGCAUUUAGUAGGAAGAACUCACCUAACACGUAAAUAUGACUUUAUUUUUUUAAUAUUUUGUGCUAUAAGUAGUCCUCUAUGCCUUAGUAUGGGUGAAUGAAUCCUUGUAACGUUUUAAUUUUAGCAGCUCAAAUGCUACAUAGUUUUAUAAUACUGCUGUCAGUACUCUCAACAAGGAAUAAAGCCCAAAACAUGUUAUGGGUUCUCAGUAUUCUCAUAUUUGACUUAAAUAAUAAAUGUUAUAAUCUGCCUAUUCCAAAAUCACUAGGAAAAUCAGACCCUAGGAAUUAAUUACUAUCUAAUAAUUAUCUAAAAUUUUUAUUUCUUUCUUGAUUCUUAGCAUGAAAAUAUAAACACAUACACAUUCACAUACACUCUGAGUUACACACACACACACACUCAUAAACAUAUACAUACAAACACACACACACUCGCUGAGCUACACAUACACACACACUCACAAACAUAUACAUACAAACACACACACUCACUGAGCUACACAUACACACACACACUCACAAACAUAUACAUACAAACACACACACUCAUUGAGCUACACAUACACACACACACUCACAAACAUAUACAUACAAACACACACACUCACUGAGCUACACACACACACACACACACGCACACACACACACACACUCCCUAGGCCCACUAUACUCAAGUUAGAUCUUCUUGUGCUCUUUUUUAACUGUGCCUCUUGGUUUUCGUGCCCUCCACGUUGUCGCCCUACUCCUGGAACUUUUUCAAGGUCACUGUCAGCCCAAUGGUUGUUGUUAUUUAACACCAUUGACAGCCAAUAUUUUUGUUCCACUUUCUUUUCUUAGCCUUGGGGAAACUCUACACUUCUAAUUUUGUUGAUUAGUCAAUAGAUAUUUAGUGAACACCAGAUCCAUCAUGUGAUUCUUUGUCAUUGUUCUUUACAUGACCCCUGACCCUUGAACUCACCACCAAUCUUAGCCUUUUACUUCUUCAUCUUCUAUCUCCCUAAGAGCCAAGGGACUGUCGUGACAAGUUAAUCUUCUUAACACUGUCAGAAAUCCAGUGCUGUGAGCAUGUCUCUUUAGGUACACGUAAAUGUUCAGAAGAAAAGAUAGCCUUUUGGACAAAUAGUGUCUGUGACAAAAGGAAAAUAUAGUAUGCUACUAGGCAUAAGGAAACCUACGUGCUCCUAUAUUUCUAACAUUUUAUGGCUGCAUAAGAUUCCAUUAUUCUUAGCCCAUAUUUGCUUUAUUCGUUCAUUAAUUCAUGGGCAUUUGUGUGGCUUCCACAUUUUGGCUGUUGUGGAUAAAACUGAACAUACACAUGAAAAAUACUCUAAGAAAUUUCUCUUCGAAAGGGAGUGUAAAAGAGGCAUGCUAUCAAGAGAAGACAGCCCACCAGCAGGUAGAGAGAGAACAAGAUAGAAUUCCUAUCAUCCUGGGGAAUGGGAAGAAGAGAGAGCCUACAUUCUUUUCAUGUUGGGCCACCAGAGAUGAUUUGGGAAAUGAAAAAAAAAAAAAAGAAAAGAAAAGAAAAGAAAACCAAAGUCGGAUCCAAUCAAUGGCUCCUCAUAACUGUCAAGGCGAGGUGCCCUAGUGACCUCUAUUCAUUUGCAGGCAUGACACUCCAUUUUGAUAAUGUAUCAAGGCUUAAUCUACAGGGCAAUACUUGUUACUGGAGAGAGUUCUGUGGGCUCUGUGGUGGCCACACAACUUCCCUCGCUGACGGCCAUGCUAAUUUCCUUCUCAACCUGAUGCCAGUCUCUGCCGUGGUUCAUGGAGCAUUCGGGGACUGCACUUCAUCAGGGAAGGCGACAGCUAUUACCAGAUGGCAUCUGUCUGUGCUAAACAAUGAGAAAAUGAAAAAUAAUGAGAUAAUAGUGAAUGCUUUGAAGGACGUUGUGCGACAGCCUUAUGUUGUCGUGAAUCCUCUCCCGAGUGGAGAAUUUUGACCCAAUUACACCUUUAUCCUACAGAUGAGCAAGGACCCAGGGAUGGCUGGUAGUAACCUUUUGAGACAAUAUUCCAUUUCUUUUUUCUCUUCAUUGCUACAUUCUUUCUUGUGGAAAAAAAUAUUGCUAAAUAUUUAUACUAUUCAAGGCUCUGUGCUGGGAGCUGGAGGUACAGUAAUCAGUAAGACCUUAAAUUAUUUAAUGAUUCUUCUGCAGAUUGUUCUUUCUUAGGUGGAACUGCAACAGGAGACGUAAUGAAAUGUGAAAAAAUGUUGAUCUAUCAGAUAUGUUGGGUUAUAUGAUAUGAGCGGCAUGAUCUUGCUAAGAUCCGGGACGUAAGAUACAUUUAAUUCCCACAGUUUACUUAGAUGUUGCACGCUGUACUCUACUUACACAACUAUUGGGCGAAGACCUUUUAUAUUUAUAUUUCUGUUUAUCUAGUAUUUACAGAGAACAAUUUAAUGAAGGUUUUCUGUCACGAUGAAAAGCUUUGUCACCUGUGCCCAUCCACACCCUCUCUGUGACCUCCAUCUGGGGAAAGCUUAGCCGGUUACCUCAGUGUGAACAAAUGAACGGCAAACUGGAGCCACCUGAUGUGAACAGCCCUUGUUGGUAGCGUCAAAUCUAGUCUUCCCCAUUGAUAUCUCCUGUCUACUUAAUAUCGUGUCUCCUGGAGUAUCAUCUCCCAGUUCUUACCAAAUCAGAGUUAGUGACUCUUAUCAACUCUAUGUGGUAACCAAAGCAUCGAGUCCUACUUACGUGCAGUUGGUACAGCAACCGUAUAAACCCUCAUAGCAAGGGCAAAAACAACUGAGGCCAAGAGAGGCUAAAGUCACACCCUUCUUCAUAAGUGACAAGACUUGAACUGAACUCUGACCCACUGUCACUAUGACCAGUGUCUAAAUAUCGUAUUCCGCGACUUCCUGGGACUUACCUCAGGUAAAUGUUAUCAGACAAAACUCCUGAGGUGUUUGAGCUUCACUGAGUUGGGGAAUGUACACAGGCAUGCACACACAUGUGUGCCCUUGCACAUACAUUUAUAGAGAAAAGAUGGAAAGAGAGUGAGGGAGACAUCAACGAGACUCAUGGGCUCGAGAUCGAGAUAUGUGAUAAAUAUAUGUGGUCUCUAUAUUUAAUCUCCAAAUUAUUACAGAGAUGAAUUAAGCAUGACUGUUUGUCUUGUGACGUUGCUAAGAAACCCAAGUCACUGGGGUUGAAAACGUGACUCGGCAGUUAAGAGCACCCAGUUUUGCAGAGGACCCGUGUCUUAUUUACAGCACCCACAUGGUGAUUUACAACCAUCUGUAUCUCUAGGAGAUCUGAUUGCCUCUCUGACCUCUGACCUCUGCAGUAAAUAGGCACACAGGUAGUGCACAAACAUCCUGGCAGGCAAAACAGUCACACGCAUCAUAAAUAAUAAAAGAAAAGAAAUCAUAUUCUGUGACUUCCUGGAAUCAUAUUCCUGCAAUUCCCUGGGAAUCGGGGAAUAACAGGUAUCAGUACUGAAGGGUACUCAUUGUUUUUAUUGUUUGAAAGGGUUUUCUCCUACUGUGCCUUUUCACAGUCUGAGGAAAUAAAUAGGAUAUUAUAUUGCACAUCUUCUUUACACACACACACACACACACACACACACACACACACACAUAUGUUAUAAAGAAAAUGGGUAUCACUGACUUAUGAAAACUAAAAAUGAAUUUCAAUAAAGUCAUAGUUCAGGUGAUUUUUUACAUCCCUCUUUUAUAAAGAUUUAUUUAUUUAUUAUAUAUGAGUAUACUGUAGCUAUCUUCAGACAUACCAGAAGAGGGCAUCAGAUCCCAUUACAGAUGGUUGUAAGCUGCCAUGUGGUUGCUGGGAAUUGAACUCAGGACCUCUGGAAGAGCAGUCAGUGCUCUUAACUGCUGAGCCAUCUCUCCAGCCCCCUAUAUAUCCCUCUUGAUGACAGGAAAGUAGUCUGGGAGUAGCUUGAAGUUACUUGCAGAGAACAUAGAAACAGUAUUUCAUUUCACUUAUUUCAUUUAGGUUACAGGGACUACUAGAUAAUUUCUUUCCCUCUGUUCUGAGUAGAACUUCCUUCUGGAAUUUGCUUGAAAAUAAAAUGUAAUUUUUAGUUUCUGUUUUAGCUAUCAUGGCCACACCAGGCUGGUAAGCUUGUAGAUCCUCCAAGAUGUCUUCAGCGCUCUCUCUCUCUCUCUCUCUCUCUCUCUCUCUCUCUCUCUCUCUCUCUCUCCCUCCCUCCCUCCCUCCCUCUCCCCCUCCCUCCCUCUCUCUCUCUCUCUCUCUCUCUCUCUCUCUCUCUCUCUCUCUCUCUCUCUCUCUCUCCCUCUCCCUCUCCCUCUCCCUCUGAAAAAAAAAGGCAACCCUCUGUGAGAGUGCAGGACCAACCCAGUUUGUGCUUUGUCUGACUCACUGUCACCUGAGGGGGACAGCUGUACAGCUGACUUCGUGACAGUGACAUAGUUUUUCUCUCAAUCACAGUACACGCACAGGACAGAGCCAUGAGCUUUAAGUUAGUUGACAUGCAAAAUGUUGUUACAUUUUCAUCACAACUCAUCAUGAUCAAAAUUUACAAACUCAAUCUGAUAAAAACAAUAUCUUCAAAGCUAAAGUUGCAUUGUGGGAGAUUUCUGAGUAUGGGAACACUGAGGUGCGAUGGACAAGUCCAAUUGUUCCUCAGAAUUAUUGUUUUAUUACUCCGGAGCUUUAAAAUUCAUUUCAUUUUUUAUUUAAAUAUUUCAUUAUUUAUCUGAAUUAUUUAAUUAUGUAUAUUUAAGUGUCAGGGCGAAGGCAUGUCCACGUGAGUACAGACAUUCUCUCAGGCCAUUCGCAUCAGAUCUCCUUGGGACUGAAGUUAUAGGUGAUCAUGAACAAACCACACAGAGGCCAGAUGUGGGGCCUCUGCAAGACCCAUAUGCACUGUUCACUGCCGAGCCAUUUCUCUAGUUUCUACUUUCUACCUUCUGCUUUUGACAUAGGCAACUUAGACAGGCCGUAGGCAUUCUUGGUGGUGGAUAGAUCAAUAGCUCUUCCGUUCACACAGAUGGGUCAAAACCACAGGCCAGAGUGCUGCUACUGACCUUUCUCUCUCUGGUGAAUCCAAAAUGACUGUGCUUAGUGGCAGCGUUCCUCCUGGAGAUGCGCACAAGUUGAGAUGCAGUCGCAACUUCAAAUGUAUGGCUUGGCCGUCAGUGUGCCUGACCUCUUUAAAUAGGCACCAUAGGCACUGCCUCCCCUGAAACCACAAGACAGCUACACAAGUGCUUGGACGGAGCAGGACACGACAAAGUGUCAAAUCAGGAAUCAACUCCAAACUUGUCUCUUCGUGUUACUGUGGGAUGAGUAGCAAUAACUGCAGGAAAACUAAGUCUCAAGGUCCGUAGAAGAAAGUAGAAACCGUGACUAGGAAAUGGGUGGAACCACACUUUGUACUGGAAUGUCGAGGGCUUUCGUUCUCUACGAGUUGCUCCACCGUGGGCUAGACCUUCUCCAGGAGAUUAGUAAGGUCCAGGAACGUAAGUCAGUUGGUUAGUCCUCACCUGGCCUGCAUAGAGCCUGUGUCCUCCAUUCCCAGUACCUCAGAAGCCAUGCAUGGUGGCAUAAGCCUAUAAUCCCAGCACUUACCUCAGAAAAUGAAAGCGGGAAAGUCACAAGUUCAAGGUGACUUUUGAGUGACAUAGUACGCUCCAGGCCAGCAUUCAGACAUGGGUGAUGUGUCUCAACAACAAGCCAAUGGAGAACUAGUUAGGAUGAUUGUUUGCAUGCUAUUCUCUCUUAUCUGUAGUAUAAAAGAAAGUAUGUUUCCUUCCCUUCAUUCAAAAGCCAUAUGGCCAAAAGACUUAAGUUUAACAUGAGCCUUGAGGUAAAAAUAUUUCUAUUGCAAAAUGACUUUGAUCCCACACUUGCACGAAAAACCAUGUACCUGAAUUUUAAUGAUACACAGCCACUGGGUGAUGAUGUACCUGGAGUUCAGUAAAAGACCAUGUCUCAAAGAAGUCAAUGCAGGGAGUUAUCAAGGAUGUGAAGCUGAUGUCAACCUCAGGCUUCCACACACAUGUACAGGUUUGUGUGCAUAGAUCUACACUACAGUACAUACACCACACAAGACGCUCAUGUGCAUUAUCUACCACACACACAUGCACAUGUGCAUUAUCUACACUACAAGCACAUACACCACACAUAUAUGCUCAUGAGUAUAUAUCUACACUACAAGUGCAUGUACCACACACACAUGCACAUGUGCAUAUAUCUACACUACAAGUAUACACCACACACAUGUAUAUGCCUAUGUGCAUAUAUCCACACUACAAGUACAUACACCACACAUACACACACAUUCACGUGUCUAUAUAUCUACACUACAAAUACAUACACUACACACACACAUGCAUAUGCUCAUGUGUAUAUAUCUAUACUACAAACACAUAUACCACACAUGCACAUGUGCAUAUAUCUACACUACAAGUAUACACCACAUGCAUGCAUAUGCACAUGUGUAUAUAUCUACACUACAAAUACAUACACUACACACAUGCACAUGUGCAUAUAUCUACACUACAAGUGCAUACACCACACACACAUGCACAUGCUCAUGUGUAUAUAUCUACACUACAAACACAUAUACCACACACACAUGCACAUGUGCAUAUAUCUAAACUACAAGUGCAUAUACCACACACACAUGCACAUGCUCAUGUGUAUAUAUCUAUACUACAAGCACAUAUACCACACACAUAUGCUCAUAAACAUAUAUCUACACUGCAAGUAUAUAUACCACACAAUAUGCUCAUGUGCAUAUAUCUAUACUACAAACACAUACACCACACACAUGCAUAUGCACAUGUGCAUAUAUCUACACUACAAGUACAUACACCACACACACACACACACACUACCAUGUGUAUAUAUCUACACUACAAGCACAUACACCACACACACACACACACACACACUACCAUGUGUAUAUAUCUACACUACAAAUACAUGCACUACACACAUGCACAUGUGUAUAUAUCUACACUACAAGUACAUACACUACACACACAUGCACGUGUGCAUAUUAUCUACACUAUGAGUACAUACAUCACACAUGCACAGGGGUGGGGGGUGAGUGUUCAUCUAAGUAUCCCCUCAUGAAUUAUAACACUAUUUCCAGAUAUCUGCUAUAAAGGCUGUCACUUAGGUAUAGUAUGUUGACCGUGGACUAAACUGAAAAAUAAUAGAUUGUGUGGUUUAUCUCCGUGCUCACUGCUGACCUUUUGUUUUAGAGUUUGUCCUCCUCUACCUAUGACUUUGUUUCUGAGCCAGUAUGGCAUUGGUUUUGUUUCUCACUUACGUGCAUAGCUCGUUAUCUCCCUUAGAUUUCUAUCUGCAAACCCCUGUGGGGAUGGAAGGUCUCUUACUCAUCCUGUGUCUCCCGCUGGGACAAGCACAUAGCAGGCACUCAAUCAACGGGCUCUUCAAAUUCAUAAUCCAUUAUCUAGAAAUUAAAAAUGACAAUAUCUUCUUAAUCCCUUGAAUAAUUAUGCCAUUGUCACUGAAGUGCAAGGAGAACAUUUCAUUUGAAAUUUUGAAGCUUUUUAAAAAAUAGCUAUUAUAAGCUGAUUAAAAGUAGAUCUUUUAAGCUGUCACCAAAGGCAUUUAUUCUAGUUAAAAACCUAAUCCAUUUAUAUAGUCAUACAUAAUUUAUAUUCUACUUACUUCCAAAACUUAAUUGAAGAAGUCAUUAAAGGAAUGGCAAUUGUGAAAAAUAUGGAACCAACUCUAAGAAGUCUUAUUCUUCCUUCUUGCCAGUAUUUUGAAACGUUUAUGGCUUAAAACAAAUGACCACAUCAAUAUUGUGUCUGCAUUAAAUACAGCCUGGGAGGCUUAUUUUUUUAAAACUAGUUGCUAGUUUAUCACGUGAUAUUCUAAUUCUUUUUUUUAAUUCUAUACAAUCAAUUUAUGCCACUGUUUUAAAUAACAAUAACCAUAGAGUUGGUUUAAAUAUAUUUUAAAACCUAGAUAAAAAUAUAACUCCCAGUUUCAAAGAAAGUCAAACAUAAGGAAUACCAAAAAUAAAAAUUUGUAGCUCAUCCCCAGACUUUAACAAACAUCACAAUAAUUAUGACCUGCUCCUGUUUAUCUUAAAUAGUGAUUUGGGGGGGACAACUCAAAGGAAACUUGAGGGUUUGUGUUCCAAGAGAGAAAGGAGAGGAGCCUGUCGCCUUCCCUUCAUCUGAAGGGCACACAGCAGCUCAUACUGUCCCAGCCAGUUCUGCCCAAUUAACUCAUCCAAAGAGCUUGUGUGGCCAUUCGGCUUUCUACCAAGCUCUGUUGAAAUGUACAGUAUUUCUUGGACAUGUCAUUUAAAUUGAAAACCGAAAUAUUUGGAAACAUUGUAACAAGGUGAGUCCUGCCAAAUGUGGGUCCAUAUUUACCCAGGUGGGUUCAAUCACACUUUCGACUCUGUGAAAUAAAGUUUCAAUCUAGCUUGCUUAAAGCUAAAAAUUAAUUUCAGUGAGAUCUUUUGUUGUUGUUAUUGCACUAAAGAAUCACAGUUCACUCUGGCUACUUUGAAAGCUUUACAGUUAAUGUGGUGGGAGAAAUUGAGAGGUGGUUACAAUUCGAAUUGAUUAAUGAAUCCCCAUUAAAGUUAUGUCUAAGCAGAUAAAUCCUUUUUGUCUAAGAUGCUUAUAUGAUACAAUGUUGCCCUCCACCCUUGGAAGCCAUGCAUGAAAGAACUUCAAAUCAGAAGGGAAAAAAAAUCACAAAAUACUAGAGACCCACGUACAAAGACUGUGAACAGUGAAAAUGAAUGAUUCCAUACUCAAAGCCAUUGUUUAAUCAAGUAGGAGGAGAUGAAUUCACACUUGUUAUUGGUACCCCGGAUGAACCGCUGAGAAUAACUUAGAGCAGAAAUCUGCUUGUACAUUCUUAGUGCCCAGGCUUAACUUUGAGAGAUGUCAAAAUGGCUGAGCCUGAGUAAUUCAAUAAAUUACUAUACUCCUUCUCAAUGCUCUACCCUUCUCAAAAAAAAAAAAUGGUUCUUUAUCCAAUGUAAGCUCAGUGCUGGUCUGCCCAUAAAAGUAUCAACAAAGAUCAGAAUUAAAUAUGGUUGUGAGAUGCGCCAGAACUAUUAUGGGUAGGGACAUUUGGGAAAGAUUCACUACCCAUCAGACUCACAGCAGCCCGUGAAUGGAAAUGAGGCUUUCAUGUAAACACUUAGCAGUAGGACCAAUCGGUGCCUUCAAUACUUGUAAAUAAAGGCUCCUGUUGCACACUGGAAGGGCUUUCUGGGCCAUUAGCUUUAGUGUUCUUGGAGGGGCCUGAGGAAAAAGGUAGGAAAGGAAAGAAAAGAACAUAGAGAUGAUUUGGGCCAAAAAGAUGGGCUAUCAAAGUUGGUGUUUCUAAGCAGUCUUCAUUCACUCCAUUACCUUCACGGUCUCGGCGUCUCCUGACGCGGCCCCAAGCCAACUACCAUCUCAAGCUUUUCCUCUGUGUUUAGCUUAUUUUCUCAGCCACAUCUUGAGACGUCUCAUCCUUCCCAAGCGUCCCUUUCUCCAUCUGGUGUACUUUCCAUGUGACGAGCUUAGCUUCAAACCCAACGCUAUUUAUAAGGAAGUUUGCCUGCUAAGCAAACGCAUAGCCAUUUCUAGAGAGGUCAGGCUUAGAACGUGGCCAGCAAUUGGCGAACGAACAGAGAACGGACCCCCAUUUUGUAGAGGAAUUCAGGAUGCUAUGAAGGUGUGAGAGGGAGGGUGAGUUGUGCACAAAUCGUGAUUCACAUGAAACUACUCCAAAGUUAUUGAUUGGCCUAGACAUUGGGUUUCUGACAGAAAAGAAAAGGUCCCCUUGGACACCAAAGAGAAAGUUCUAAGUCAUUGGUCACUAGCCUGUGUCACUUUAAGCUAGCAGUUCUCAACCUGUGGGUCACAAACCCUUUGGAGACCACAUAUCAGAUAUCUGUCAUAUCAGAUAUUUACAUUACAAUUCAUAACAGUAGCAAAAUUACAAAGCGGCAUUAGCAAGGUUGAGAACGGCUGACCUAAGCUGUUACCAAUUACUGAACACCUGUUCCUGUCUGACCAGGUCAAGCUUCAGAUGUAAAGUACUCAGUAUUAAUCUAUACCACUGUUGGUUGGGUGUUUACUAUGUGUCUCAGAAAUAUGUUAAGUAUUUCAGCAUAUAUUUGCCACAAUCCAUACAAAAUAUCUUCUAUGAUUCAAGUCUAAUGUGUAUUUUACCUUCCUCCACUUUUUAUCAUACAUAUAUGCCUGUGUAAUAUGUGUAUGUGUGUGUGUGUAUGUAGUGUGUGUAUAUGUAUAUGUCUGUGUAUAUGUAUAUAGGUGUAUAUGUAUAUGUGUGUAUGUAUGUGUAUACAUGUAUAUGUGUGUAUACGUGUGUAUGUAUGUAUGCACAUAUAUGUGUGCAUGUAUGUGUGUAUGUGUAUACAUGUAUAUAUGUGUGUAUACGUGUGUAUGAUGUGUGCAUAUAUGUGUGUGCAUUUAUGUGUGUAUUUUCUUCAUCUGUAAUAUGAAAAAGUCUACGCUAGAACAUUUUGCUGGCACAAACAGUCCUCUUUUUUAAUUCUUAAAAAUUAAUUUCUUGGGUAUAAUAAGCAUGUUUAGUUGAAGUAUAUAUGGACAUUUUCAUUUAGACAGGAUCUCACUAUGUAGCUCUGACUGGCCUAAAACUCACUAUAUAGACCAGACUGACCUCAAACUCACAGAGCUCUGCCUGCCUCUGUCUCACGAAUGCUGAAAUGAAAGUAAUGGCCUACCUUAUGUAUAGAAGUAUUUUCAUACACACACACACACACAUAACAUACAUACACAUAUACACAUACAUAUGCAUACACAUGCACACAUACACACACACAUACACAUACCCACAUACAUAUCACAUACACAUACCCACAUACAUACACAUACACAUACACACUCACAUCCACAUACAUAUACACACACAUACACAUACACACACAUACACACACACACACACACACACACACACACACACACCCUUAUCCUGCAAUACUUUUCUAAAUCCUCACACAUGGGCUAGCUUGCCAUAACCCCUAUUUCCAAUUGAUUGACCUCAGACCUUAGUUAUUUUAGGAUCGAUGGCUUAGCGUUUCUUCCUGCCCACAUUAACAGUUAGGCUUGAUUGAUGAAACCUCUUUUCUUCUCAGUAUCUAGAUCUUUGACACAUACAUCUAAAUGCCACUUGCCUUUCAUUUCUGUGGUCGUGAGAUGACAGAGUAUACAGCUUUGAUGGUCAGAGCCAGAAAAAAACAACAACAACAAAAAAAAAAAAAAACCGCCUUGGACUCCUACUUGCAGGAGAGCAGGAUUGUGACCAUCACAGAUAUUUAUGAGAGGAACUGAAGUAGCAGCCACUCCCAGGCUUUUGCAGCUGGCAGGCCUCUGAGGGGUGACAUUUACCAAUGAUGGCUUCUUCCCUUAAGAAGCAGAAUGGAGGAGCCAGGCAGAAAAGUAAAACCUCUUAGUGCAUGGCUUCUCCAUGGCUUCCACUGUGCGCAGCUGGUUAAAGACUAUGCGUGAAUUCGUAACGAGGUGAAAAAAUAGGUUUAUACCCUUUAAGAUGAGAGGCUGUUGGGACUGACAACCUGGAAAAUGUGAUAUGUGGUUUAUUAGUUUUUGGUAGGGAAAAUAUUAGCCAGACGUCUUUUAUUAAAUGGAUCUUCAGAAUUUGAAUUUGAAAAUGUUCUCUGGUUGAUUGCCUACAACUGGUUUCAAAGUCUAUGUGGGCUGUGUUCUCAUCCAUCGCUUGGAAUGUGAACCCCUGCAUAUACAUGUGUGCUAACAUGUGUCAGAGGACAACCCUAUGGGCUGCAUGCACAUGUGUGCUAACAUAUGUCAAAGGACAACCCUAUGGGCUGCAUGCACAUGUGUGCUAACAUAUGUCAGAGGACAACCCUAGGGGCUGCAUGCACAUGUGUGCUAACAUAUGUCAGAGGACAACCCUAGGGGCUACAUUCACAUGUGUGCUAACAUAUGUCAGAGGACAACCCUACAGGCUGCAUGCACAUGUGUGCUAACAUAUGUCAGAGGACAACCCUAGGGGCUGUUCCUCAGGUACCAUAAUGUCUUUUUGAUUUAAAGAACAAAUUGAGACAGGGUCUUUUGCUGGACUGACACUAGCCAAUAGGCAAGGAAGGCUGGCUGGUUGGCCAGCAGGCUCCAGGGCUCUGCCUGCCUCUACCUCUCUGAGCACUGGAAUUCCAAGUGCACACUUUUUAAACACGGGGUGUGGGAAUUGAACUCAGGCCAUGAUGCUUGCAAGGUAAGUGAGCUCUCUCCCAGGCCCCCAAAUAGACUUUUAAUGUAGACUUUUUCAGUGAAUGAGUUAGUGAGUCAGGACCAGAUUUUUAUAAGAAUAAAACUAGAAGGUGAAAUGCAGUUGGGGCACUGCCUUCUUCUCAUCCCCAAGCUGUGGCCUCGGAGAGCAGAACACUUAGAACUAAGAAAGUUCCCGGAUCAGGACCAAGGUGGUAAUCCAUGGCACUAUCUAGGGGCAGCGUUCUGUGACUCCCCAACAUCUUCAGGCUUUCUUCAAUAUCAACAGACUCUGAUAGCUUGUUUCCAUGGCUACUGGUAGCAUCUGCAGUAGACCAGCUCCUGGCUCUCAGCAAUAUGCUCUUCGGGUCCUGGGGUCUGGAUGAUGAAGAGACGUGUACAGGAAUGCCAAGUGUCACAUCCUGAGCUGGACAAAGAACUAGAAAACAGAAUGUCUGGGUUUCACUCCGGCCUUGGGCCUCUGGUGACCUUCUGAAUGAUUCUGGAACUCUCUAAGUUUCAGUUUCGACAUCUGAUCGGGAGUUUUCAUUUUGACAUCGUGUGUUCACCCCUUCAGAUAAGGAAGCCACCCUUCCCUCGCUGAGCUCUAAGAGAAUCCGUUGCACAAGCGUGGUGCUCAGAUGGGUGUUUGGCUAUAAACAGGAGAGCUGUUUGUGGGACUUUUCUCCCUACUGUUGUUUGAGAUGAAAAGACUGCCUUUUUUUCCAGUAUGUUCAGCUUUCAAAAGACACACUGGAGGAAGUCAGCCAAUUUCUGCCCACACAACUUCCAAGUGACGUCAAUGGGAGCAGGGCUCGCAGGUCUCUAAGCAAGUUUUGGCUCUUUAUGUGAGGGUUUUUUUUCUUUCUUUUCUUUCAUUUUUAGAAGAACAACUGCAAAAAUGAUUGCUCUCAACUCAAAUUACACAAUUUGUUCUUUUCUGUACCCUGAGUCAGCAACAGGCAUUAUGGGGGAAAAAUAAAGCAAGCUCCCUUUCAUGCAAGUCAAGUAAAGCUGGACAGUGCUGCGAAAUACAGAAUAUUUGAGAUUCUUGAAGGGAUUUUUAAGCAACGUAUUUGGGGUUCUGUUGUUGUUGUUGUUGUUGUUGUUUGGUUUGGUUUAAUUUGGUUUGGUUUGGUUUGGUUUGGUUUGAUUGGGUUGGUUUUUUGAGACAGGGUUUCUCUGUGUAGCCCUGGCUGACCUGGACUUGCUCUGUAGACCAGGCUGGCCUUGAACUUUGUAGAUCCACCUGCCUCUGCCUCCUGAGUGCUGGGAUCAGACAGAUACCUGGAUACUAUAACUGUGACUUGAACCCUAGAUUUUUAUCAUGUCUAUAAUUAGUAGAAUGUUGUCCCGCGCCCAAUGUCCCACCAGCAGGAAACGCACGCGCGGACACACGAAUCCUUAUUGUAGCUAAACGUUUAUUGAAUCUUAAAGAGAGGCCAGGGACGCCGGCAUGGCACGGCUUAUAUACACCCUAGCGCGGCGCAUCUACACCUGAUUGGUCGCUUACCCAUGAUCUCAUUAGGCACGCCCCGGAGUGGGCAAAGACCUGGCACGAAGGCACUCUUGCACAUGUGCACACAGUUAACUUCCUGAAAGGAAGUCGGCUGGCGCGGCAGAGGCCAGCGCCAUCUUGUAAUGGCAAAGCUAUUCCGGCCUUCCACGUGGGGCGCAGUGGAAGCCAGCGCCAUCUUGUGGUGGCGAAUGUUAUAGUGGCCCUCUACAGAAUGUACCUUGGGCAGAGCAUAUGUCGAAUGUGUUUUAGAGGACUUCUCUAACGAGAAAAUAUAGCUCGUUUGGUUCCCAGCUCUUCUGUCACGGUAAAGUCAAACAAGACAAAGACUCUAAGGAGAAUAGCUCAGGCGUGAGGCUCUUCACAUAGGGAAGGCGUGUGUUAGCUCAGUCCACAUAGCAGCUCCCUGAGGCGGUGUUGUUACUGCUCAAAGUUGAUCAAGCAGCACUUGGACCUCAAACCAGGCUCCCUGGCUUCAAUAUCUACAUUUCUACCCAGGAGCUUGUUUUCCUUUUUAAACAGUUGUUUAGCUGGGGCCGGAAAGCUGACUCAGCAGAAUUACGGACCUCUCUUGUAGAGGACCCAACUUUGAUUUCCAGCACCCACAUCAGGCAGUUCACAACUGCCUGUUACUCCAGCUCCAGGGGAUCUGACGCCCUCUUCUGACUUCCACGGGCACCUGUACCCAUGUACACAAACCCACACACAAGCCAACACAUGGUCACCGAAUUUUGUCUAUCUCCUUUGUAAAGAAAUGCAUGUACGGAUGCCUGAUUACUGUAGGUCUCAAGUAAAGUCGAUUACUUGGUAACCUGAAGCAAUGAUGCACAAAACAAUGUUCAGCUCCAUCUGCUCCUCCUGACAGACAUGGAAUUAAAUAACUCCCACCCAUCCCAUCCUUGCACAAGCUGUCUGAGCAAAGUCUCUCUCUGAGCAAUGUUCCUGAGGAAAAAACAAACAAACAAACAAGGGCUUGUCCCUUGCCUUUGUGGAAAACAUUUGAACUUUGUGGUGUGUGCUUUUUCCUCUGCAGCACACUUCCUCCAGGAGCAUAAUGCAAAGAAACGCAGUACAGCGUCUUAGGACAGGGGCAUGGGAAAUGCCUCUGAUAUUUGGGAAUCUCUCAGUACAUUUUAGGGAUGAUGUCAACACAGGGGAAUUUUGAGCCGUCGGAAUUUCCACUGUAGUCUGCGUUCCCCAAACUGAUCUAGAGAUGCUGUAAUGGACAUCAUCUAAACACUGAGUUCUCUUUUAAAAAAAAAACUGUAAGGGAAUUUAGUAUUUUGUGUAUAAAGACUGAUCCAUUUGGAAGAAUUGGGGGAUGGAGUUUAAUGCUAUUGCUGAACUUUUCACGAGCGGUCGGGGAAAUUAAAAGUGAGUAUACUGAAAAGUGUCCUUAGAAGGAUCAUUGCAAAAACAUUAGAAGGUGAAAUACAGGAGAAGCAGGUCAGAAGAUAACUUGUGAUUUCCCAAGGCAAAGUAUAAUACAAAUCAUAAACUGAUUAUUGUGGUUCCCUUUUGUAUUUCAAUAAAACGUCUUUUUCUAAAAAAAAAAAAUUUACCAACUGAGUAGGAGGCCCUCAGGAUUAAAUUGUUCUCCUGGGUUUGUUCAUAUCACACUAAAUGUCUUAUUUAUAUUUAAAUACCACAUGGAAUGGGCAGGAAGCUCUCUGUUUAAACUGGACCUUUUCAAGGUUGUUAAGGCCAGAAUAUUUGCUCUGCCAAAAAAUUAAAUCAUUGCAAAGUAGAGAGAGCCCCUGGCCUUGUGGUAAAUCAGAAUAAGGAAAUGUAUCCACCUGGAAAUAAAACAGAUGCUACUCGGGCACCCACACCCCAGGAUCUGAUUAAAACCCCUCCUGACAGACACAGAAUGAGGUAAAUGAAAUUUAAAGUGAGAAUCGUCUAGAACUUCCUUCUCCACAGCACGAAGGUCAUAUUAAUGACGCGCUUGCUCUCAAAAAUUGGGUUCCUAAAAAGUCUAGACAUUCUUAUAAACAAUAGGUUGCUUUGAUUCACUCUCUUCGUGUGCAAAUGGGCACUCUGAUAAGAUAGAACAACGGUACUAAGCCUUCCCUCAGCUGCAGGCUUUCAUGUACCUACUCAUGUUGUGGCAAACCUCCCCACCAUAAAAUUAUUUUCAUUGCUACUUCAUUUUUCUACUGUUAUGAACUAUAGUGCAAAUAUCUGAUAUGCAGAUAUCUGAUAUGUGACCCCUGUGAAAGGGUUAUUCGACCCCCAAAGGGGUCUUAACCCACAGAUGGAGAACCACUGAAAUAACAUUCCUGACCAACUUCCUUGCAAAAGACCCUGCACCACCUAGAGAUCUUCUAAUAACACAUUGGUUCUAUUAAAACUUUAUCAAAUACUAUAUAUAAAGUCAUCUUGAAGUGUACAAGGGCAUGAUAUUAUUUUCCAUCAUGGUGUCAACAAAACUGUUAAUGCAUUUCUUUUUUUUUUCUUUUUCUUUUUUUCGGAGCUGGGGACCGAACCCAGGGCCUUGCGCUUGCUGGGCAAGCGCUCUACCGCUGAGCUAAAUCCCCAACCCCCAAUGCAUUUCUUUAUUUCUCUGUAUUUUGUGGCACAUGCAGAGAUCUCCAAAGAGUCUAUGCAGAUCUAAGAUCAGAGACCAUGUUCCUAGCCUUCUGUAUAAGUAAAAUAUCACUGGUACACUAACCACAAAGGAAUGAUUUGCCCCUUAUGUAUACUAGUUUUGCCUGUUUUCUAUCACUAUAACAAAACACCAGAGACAAUCGGUUUAUAUAGAGAAAAGGUUGCUCCAUGGGUUUUUUAGUUUCCAGUCCACAGUGCAGGAAAUCUGUUGUGCUUAGUCCUCCAGAUGGGAGAGGGAAAGCAACAAAGGAAGAGCUCAUGGCCUAGGAAACUGCUUACCUCAUCUGCAGGAAGCAAGGUCACAAAAAGGAGGGAUGGGUUGCCACACGCCCAUUCAGAAGCAGAUUCCCAGCAAUUGAAGGACCUCCCAGAAGACCCCACCUCCUAAAAGCGCAAAGUACAUAUGAAUAGCGCCAUCUACGGGAACCCAGCCUUUCUUUCCUGGACCUUGAGGGAAACAUUCUCCACGGAUAGCAUUUGCUGUGAAUAAUAAAGCAUUUGUUCUUUGUAAAGCUAAGGGACAACGCGUUUAGAAGUUCUAGAAGUCAUAUGUAGGACAGGUUCAUGGGCACAUAAACUGGAUGGUACACAGGUACCAAACACACACACAAGCACACACACAUACACACACAGACCAUACCACACACACACACACACACACACACACACCACACACACACACCACACCACACCCAUACACCACCCACACACACACACACCACACACACACACCACACCACACCAAUACACCACACACACACAGCACACAUGCCACACACACACAAGCACACACACAUACACACACACCACACCACACCACACCACACACACCACACACACACAGUACACACACACACCACACACACAUAUCACACACACACACCACACACACACCACACACACCACAUACACACACACACACACACACACACACACACACACACACACGUACACUCCCACACCAGAGUGUCAAGCAUCAUUUCCUGCUCUGCUGUCCCCAUCUUGAAUGCAAUAAUUUUUGGACAAGAGGCCUUACGUUUUAUUUUUAUACUAAGAGCUGCAAAUUAUGUGGCCAGCUUCAAUUACAUUGGCAUGUUAAUGUAGCAAAGACAAAAAUGUAACUUAGAUAUGAAAUUAAAAACUAACCAAAAUGCCACUAAUGUAUUUGAGAAUUUUUUAUUUCCAAGGAAGAUAUUCCACUUAGUAAAUAUACCUGGAGUUGAUUUGAUUUUUGGUAAAAAUAAAAAAACACCCCAGUGCUUUAGAGUGAUCCAAUGUUCUAAUGAGUUAUAUGAUGCAUAGUCAUGAUUGUAUGUGUACAUAGAUACAGGGCUCGGACAAUGAAUAUUUAAGAUUGAUAAGUAAUUAUAUAGAAAAUAAAUGACAAAGCAGUUUAUCAGCUUGUACAACCUUUGCCCUUAGUUACAGCUAAAACUUAAAAACAUUCAAUUGAUUUCUUCUCACUAUAAUCAUUACAUCGUUCCUUAUCUUUCAAAUUUUUCAUAUUUAUUUAUUAUUAAGUUCUUACAGUCUGUAAAAGUACUGUACAUGUGCCGUGCCAGGGCUGAUCGUAGCCAGAAGGCAGCCCCAAGCCCCGGGGGCUGGAGGCUUUUGUGCAAUCUGAGCACGACUGGUCUUGCCUGCUUCUCCUUCGUUCUCUGUGUGGGUGCAAGGGCAGAGGGAGUGGGCCAACAUGACGCUGAGCGCACUACGCAAAAGCCAGCAUGAAUCCCAGGCCUUUUCGCCAACAGAAAGGAUCGAUUGUGUGGCUAGCAGCUGGAAUGUACGCAGAUCACUUUUGGAGUGGCGUUAGCAGGCAUCGUUCUACUGGUUUGCUCGAAGAAAGGCAGAAGGAUGAGAAUUUGCUUGCCCUGGGCUUGAGCCGCCCUCUGAUUAUCCUUCAUUGUUAAAAUAAUAAAAAAAUAAAAAUAAUAUACCUUCAGAAAGCUUCGGCCCUGUUUUCCCAGUUGGAAGCUGCUGUUUUCGAAGGUAUCUGCUUCCUUUCCCCGCUGCAUGGAAGUCGGCAGUUCAGAAUGCGUUAGCCAAAGCCACAGGCAGUGCCAGGCCCAGAAGAGUAAGGACAAUAGAUAGCCCUUAAAGGUGGGGCGCGGCUCAAAGGUAGAACGCUUGCCUGGGGUGUCUGAGAACUUCAUUCCCAGCAUCAGAAACAAUCAGCCCUGUACAGAACGUCUUGAAUAAAUCAACAACACUCAGGAGAAAAAAAUGACAGGAUGAUGUUUGACAAUAUUUAAACUUUAAUUGCGUGAUUUUCAAAUUUUAUAAAUUACACAAGUCUUUACCCUUAUAGCGCUGGCUACAGUCUUGGAAACCAGGGGCUCUAAGCUCCAUCUGCGUGGUGGUAUUUGGCCAGCGUCCUGUCCAGCAGGGUCUGUGUUCUGGCAAUCCUUUUGUGAAUGUUCGCAUUUUACACGGGGUCCCUUCACACCAAAGUCUAUGGCUGUUGCCCAGUCACUCUCAUGACCUGGGGUGCAUGCGUUGGGUAAGAAGAGACUCAGGGGUCUUCCCUGUGCCUCGCUAUUGCUUUCAAAACACAUUUCCACUUCUGACUUCGCUCGAUUUAAUGAGAUUCCACGCAGCCCUUUUAAAAAUAAACCUUCCAUACCACUUCUCCCAGGAUGCCGCUGCAGAUAUAUGGGUUAAUGAGAUUUCUCUUGAAGCCAUGUACAAUUUUAACCUCCAUAUUAGAGUUGUUAUGGUAACCAAAUCGAUCUCUGAUUCGCCACCUACCUGCUCUCUCCAGAUGAUGAAAAAUCUCUGGUCAGAGAUGCAGCUGCAUGAAAACAACUGUGGGAUUAUCAUCGCAGAACCUGGGCUGCAGCUACCAUUACUGUUUAUAGAUCACGGAGACAAAAGGAAACUGCAAGCCAAAGCAUCUCGAAGUCAACAUUAGCAGACACAGGGUUAGGUUCCUCCAACCAACACGUAUAGAUGUCGGGAACAGGUCUAAGUUGAACGGCUCAAGUCAAAGCCUCCAGCAGUUUCAGAGUGCAUUCUGAAUACCAGCUAUUCCCCUGAAAGAGCAGGUUUUGAUCACUUGGCACUCAAAUCCCUGACAGGUGCGGUGUUUCUGAGCUGUUAGCAGGAACCACCAGUGUUCAAAGAUGUCUCUAGAAUAGCAAGGUUGAGCCUCCAGAAUGCCUUGAUCACAUUGUAGCCAAUAACAUGGUUUUGUAAACAUGAAGAAAGUUUCCUAAAGGUUACUCCAUACCCUUGGAAUAUUCCUGAUCAUUGGUCUUUAUAAUUAAGCUACCUUCUGGUGUCAGAAGCAUGACUGAAAGGCUGAUUUUAAAAACUGGGUUUGGGGCAGUAAUUAUGUAGUAUUACACUGUAGCCUAUACAUGCAGAUCACUGGAGGAAAAUGUUUGUGAUGUAAGGAUUUAAAAAAAAAAAGUAAAAAUAUUUGGCUUUGAGAAAGGAGUCACUAAUUACAAUGAGUAUCUCAUUAAAAAUACUCUUUACUUGCAAGAAGGCUGAGAAGACUCUAAUUAAGUCAUAAGCUGUCCCUAUAAAUAAUUAGCUCUGGCAAGAAAAUUCUAAUGGCCCAUUAAAUUUUCCACACCCACAGCUGUUCAGGGGAAAAAUAUAAGCAAAACCCAAUUGCCCUGAUUUCAGAUGAGAGGUAGACUUUCUCCAGCAACCCAGUGAGGAACUUUGCCUACCCCGGGGAAUGUGUUUCUUUUUCCCCAUGAGAUGUGGAAUUCUUGUCUGUCAUAAACAAAAAUAGGUCUAACCUUCAGCAAAUAGGUCUAGCCUUCGGCAAAUAGCUUCUCUACCUUUGAGCUUACUUUCAAACCAGUAUAAAAUGAGUGACCUAUAAAGUUUAAGAGAGUCUUUAGAUGCCUGUACAGGUUGGUUCAGAUAGAGAUGCCCAUUUCAAUAUUUAUGUUUGGAUAUGACUUUUUACCAUGUUAGCACUGUUUUUAUGCUUCUACUUUUGGUGCAUGUGAGGAUAGAUAGUCUCUCUUGGGGCCAGACACUUUAGACCUAUAUAGAAAAACCACAAACAUCCAAACUUUCUCUGUUCAAUGUGGUAGCCACAAGUCUUUUGAGAGUUUUAUGGAACUGCUGUGGGGCUCUGAAAUGUGAGUUAUUGAAAACAUUUCAGGAGCUUGCAGAUAGAGAGGAAUAAUUUUACACAGGCUAUUUUGACCAUCAAACAGUUGCCUAUCAGAACUGUUAAGUCUUCCUACGUGCUUUGUAUUUGCAGUUCGCAUAAUAUUCAUGGCAGACACCAGAGGUGCAAGAGUCCCUUUGGAUGUGGGAGCUCAAAGUUCACACAAUAGUAUUUCUGAAAGGAAGUUAGAGGGUUCUAAAACCAUCAGAUUUCCUAUCACAGAAGAGAUACGAAAGCAGAUGUUAGUGCUUAUAGGGGCCCAAUGUAGACACACUUCCUUAUUUUGAUUAAGUACAGCCUAUACUUAAGUCCAAUAUCAGUUGCAAAAUAUUCUCCUUCGAAUUUUGAACGUUCUAAAGCAAGUUGAGGGUGAGAGAAGCAAAUAGUAGAAGGAGAGAACUCAGAGGUCAGGCAGGACAGCUCGUCAAGGGUGAGAAAGAAUAUUCCAGAAGGGGAGCAGAAAAUUAACAAGCCUAGAAGAGAAUCCACUGAGAGUCUCUGAGAAAGUGACAGUUGAGCUGUUGGGAAUAGUAACAUCUAAGAAUGACUUCCAGCAUAUGAAGACUUGUAGGCACGACUCAGUUCAAUGUCGUAGAAAUAGACUUUCAACAUUCCCACUUACAAAGAACUGCAGACCAAACUGAAGAGAUUAUUUAAUUGGUGUCAGAGCCAGAUCAUAGGGGAUGAGGCAGCCAUCAUUUUAACCUGGGCCUACAUGUUACCUGCACACUGACUCUAGGUGGGAAUCCAUGAGGCAAUCUGAAGCAAUUGGCUAAUCUACACUUCAAACUGCCUUCUGACUCACAUCACAUGAACGGCAAUGCCAGGCAUUUAUUGAACACAUCUGUGUUAAUAACUGUAUAAGAACUCUGUAAUUUUUAAUCUAUAGAAAAUUCUAUAAAUUAUUUUUCUUUCUCUCCUCUUACCACAACAAAGUUUCCCUCAUCUUACCAUGCUAAGUUGAUAGAUAGAUAGAUACAUACAUACAUAGAUACAUAGAUACAUAGAUAGAUACAUAGAUACAUAGAUACAGAUAGAGAGAUCACAAUAAGACUCUAAAUCCUGGGCCCCAAGCCACACAGCUAAAAGUACCUAGACCCAAACUCAGGCUGUCCCAAUCAAGGAUCACUGCAAACGUUGCCCGAGUCCAGAUGUCACCUCACAUAUUCUCUCUUUGGCCACAUUUAUUUCUUUAUCUGUCAUUCCCCCAAAAAAAAUAAUCUUCCCAGAACCCUAAGGCUUGAUUCUCUGGUCUCUGUGGAGCCACUCUUCACUCAGUAAGACACAUUCCUCCUGCUUCUGAGCUCACCAGUCUUCUACAUAGAAUGAGUUCGCCUCAUCUUGAAUUCCAACCUUUAUCAGGAUCUCCCCCUCUACCAGGUGUUCCAACUCAAGACAUUGUUGGAGCAUAAAAGGGAAGAAUAAUUUCCCUUCCUCCGUUGAUCUUCAAAAUUACGAGCAAUUAUUUGGCUUUAAUACAGCUCUAGUUUUCGUUGACAUCUUUGAUGUCCUUUGCUUUCCCUUUUUAAGUGUUCUUUGAGGAAAUUUGUUUCCAUGACAGGCACUUCCUGGCGCCAUCUAACGUCUCUUCAUGGCAUCCUUUUUAUCACGAGAGUGAUGAGCUUCUGUGCUCCCUGAAACAGCAAGUUCCUGGCUGACCAUGACUGCAUCGUUUUCUUUUUUACCAAAACACAUACAUCAGUGGCAUGGUGAUGGAUGUGCUUUCCAGAGUAGACCAGAGAACGGUGUUACUCAGAGAUCUUGGUAGCCCAAGACUGCCCUGGGCCAUUUAUCUAGACUUCUUAUAGCUCUUACUGAGUCUUAUUUAUGUGUCAGGAUGAUGUCAAAUUCACCAUCCUUCUGCUUCUGCUUCCAAAGUGUUAGGAUUACAGGCAACUAUUGGGACCCGGGCUUGGACAUAGAGCUUUAAGUCUUGUCUCUUCCUCCUCCUCGCACCUAAAUCUUCCAUAAUGGCAUGUUCUGAAGCCAAUGAUUCUCAACCUUCCUGAUGCUGUGACCCUUUAAUAUAGUUCUUCAUGCUGUGGUGACCUCACUGGCACCAGUGGUUCUGCUUCCUGACCUCAGAGCUCUGCCUUCCUGAAGCCCAGAGUCCUCUGCAGCUCAGCUUUGAAUCAUAGCCACGUUGAAUGAUGCUCUAGGGGAUUUAUCUCCAUUGUCACAGACAUCAACACUCAGUGCUUGGGCUUCCUGAUCUUUAUUCCAGUGUGUACAAGUGUUAAAAUGGAAUCACACAUUCCCCAGUUGAUAAACAUUGUUGGUUUUGCAGAUUCGAAAUUCUUUUCCAUAAGAGCUACACAAAUCUUGAUGUGGAUGCGUAUUUCCAUUUCUAACUAUCCUGGUGGGGACUUAUUGGGUCAUAGGUAGAGUGUGUUUGCCUCAGAAGAAGAAAUGGCCAAAGCACUUCAGUUCCUACUAGCCAUUCAGGAAGCUUCCAGAGUUCCCAUAUCACUGACAAUACUUACUAUCACAAAACUUUUUAAUUUAGCUGUGCUUGGAGGUGUGUCUCAUAGAGUACCUCAUUAUAAUUUUAAUUUGCAUUUGUAUGGGAAUGUCAAUAACUAUAUUUCUUGGGACAAUUAAAAAUAUAAUUUGAAUACAGCACAAUGAUCUCGUGUUACAACUGAAGGAUUUUGACAAACAUACGCGCUCUUCAUAGCGUACACUACAUAAAGAAUACACUCUGUCUGACCUCCAGAAGGCUCUUUAGGCCAUGUCCAAUCUCCCUUCAGUGCAAUUAAUCCUGGUUCAGUUUUUCCCACUCAGAUUACUUUUGGUAUGUUAUAGAAUAGUAUGAAAGAAAACAGAAUAAACUUUUUUGUGGUUGGCCCUUUACCCUAACUUGGUGUUCUUUGAGGGUCAUUGGAAUUGCAGUGUCUUUCUGGUUUGCUGUCCCUUGGAUUCCCCUCUGUACCUUCUCUUCCUCUGGAUGAAAGCCAAAGUUACCUAUUCUCUAGUUGGUAGCCAUUUUGGAUGGUCUUAGAUUUUGUUAAUCAGGGAUAAAGACUCUACAAACCACUUCUGUCCAUGUAUUUUUGCAUAGAAACAUUUUAUUUCUCUUGAGUAAAAAAGCUAGGGGUAGAAUUAAGUCAUGGAGUAGGUAAAUAUUUACUUUUGUAAGAAAUCACCAAGCUAUGUUUCAUUCUGCAUCCCUCCCCCCACAAUGUUUCAACUUCAGUUGCCCCACAGCCUAUCCAAAGUCUGUCCAACAGUUUUUACGUUUAUCUUUCCUGGUGGGUGUACAGUAAUAAAUCACAUUGGCUUAAAUUGUCAUUUCCCUCAUCCCUAAUCACACAGCGAUCACCAUCUCUGUAUCUUCCUUGUAAAGUGCAUCCUCUCAAGCCCUCUGCCUUCUUUUGCUGAAUAAUCUGUUUACUACUGAACUGUCGUUGGUAUAUUAUUAGGAUUAUUUUAACCUUUUGAAUAUACCUAAAACACAAAAUAUUAUAACUUCAUGGUAAAUGUGUAUGUUUAGUACAAUUUCUAAUACAUCUUUCUGUGCUUUAUAUUUUAUAAGAUCCAAAUAAAUGUCUAAAGAACUUUUAUUUUUAAAAUUAAAUUUUUGGUCUUCUGUAUACAAAAUCAAUUAUUGCUCUAUUUUCUUCUUUCUAGUUUUCAUUUUCAUGCUUAUAAAAUGUGUUAUUGUAUAUAGUAUUACAAAUUAUCAGUGCAUAACUCUGCUUGCUAUGUAUGCAACCCUAAGAGGCUAAGUUUGAAUCCUCUGUACCACAUAAAAGCCAGACAUGACUGCACAUAUCCAUGCCCCCAGCACUGGAGGACAGAGAUAAGCAGAUCUUAGACUCCUGCACAGUCAACCUAGUCUAGAUAGAUACAUUUUUGUCCAGGUAAUUCUUCUGUCCCAAAGAAGUAGGCAGAGAAUGACAAAAAAAGAUCCCAACAUCUUCCUCUUGCCUUCACAUGCACACAUACGAACAGUGCACACACACACACACACACACACACACACACACACACCAGCACUCCAGUGUAUCAGUGUAUUCACUACACACACACAUACACACCAGCACCCCAGUGCAUGCACUACACACACACAUACCAGCACCCCAGUGCAUGCACUACACACACACACACACACACACACACACACACACAUUACUAUUUGAGUAUGUACACUAAUACUUAUCUAACAUUGUAGCAUUAUUGCAUUAACUUUGAAAAUCAAGCAGUCCUCUGGCGUUGUUCUUUUCCUUGGUGUUGUGGCUUUUUCAGGAUCUUCGUAUUUCCAUACAUAUCCUUAGAAUUAAACUUACAUAUUUCGCAAACGUCUGAAAGAAUUUUUUUAAUCUUUCUGUGGUUUUAAAAAAAAUUUUAAAGAAAUUUUUCCUUAGUGUUCCAGCUGCUGAAAUGUCCUACCUAAUAAUUUCCCAGUGGAGAAUAUUACACUAUUUUCCGUUCUGAAGGUUUUUCUCAUGUCUCUUAGCAAGAAUCAUCAUCUGUUUACUCAUUACAUUGACCUUUUUCUUUUAAACCAUUAGCAUGGUGCUAAUAGUUAAACACUUUGUCUGAGAGUUCCCCAAAGUGUCUUUUCAGAUCUGCCCCAUUAAUAUUUUACUUUGUUGUUUUUCAUUAAAGAUGAACUAAACUUGUGUUUCCCCAACAUCUAGUAGAUUAUUUAGUUCUGUGGGGUACUGUAAAUAUGUCAGUAUGCUUACGAACUCAACAGUCUGCAUGUUGCCACCAUCUUUCUACCAGGUGACGAACAGAUUUUCUGCGGACAUGUGCAGAUUAUUGUUUGAUUACAGUCUUUAAUGAAACUUAUUGCAAAUAUACUGUUUCUCUUCUCUGAAGUUCCUGCUUCAGGAUCUAGCCUCGGCUACACAAACACCCUGCCUGCCUCCUCCGUUCGAGAUCACUGCGUGCAUCACCUACAAGCUACUGUGUGAGCUCUUUCUCUUGGGCGCCACAGCUCUAUGCUCAGCAUCUUCUAGGCUCUAAGGCAGUGACUGGAAUACUUUGUUAACUUUUUCAAUAAUUUAUGGCUGGGUGAACCCUUUAUUGCCAAUUACUUCACUGUAGCUGAGACUAACAUCUACUCAUAUGAACUUUAUGAGUCUGGUGGGGACAUAUCAAGCUUCAAACACGUUCUUGAUUUCUCACAUUCUGUGUCAUCUCUGAAGGAGACCCUCACACAGUGGGCCACACUGCAGCCCAUGACCUUGCAGAUAUAAUUUUUAAGAGAGAAAAGGGAGGCCUGUGUUAGGACGAGCUAGAAUGGAGUGGUACAUUUUAAUUUGGGCAUGUUAGUAAGGUGAGCCGAAGCGAGUGGGGGUUGGUUACUAGACUUCAAUUCUUUCACGGCUGGACCUCCGUGGUCAGCCUCAGGGGGAGGAAGUGGCCAAAUAAGGGAACAGUCCUUGGCGGUGAGCUUUGGGAAUGUAAUCUAAUGGUUUUAGUAAGGCAGAGGGAAUGGGUUGGGGGCAAGGCCUGCCAGAACCAUGAUUGUCAGGCUGAAGCUGACCAGAGUCCCUUCCAUCUCUGAAUCCAAAAAUAACAAUUGUAUUCUUUUCCCAGUACUAGACCCCCGGUGACUCCAAAGCAGAGUCAAGGUGUUGACAAAAGUAGGGUAGUAUUCCUACAAAAAUGAGGUCCAUGCUAGGACACUGUUUCUUAAGGGAGCUUUAGAAAUAUUUAGAAUUUUGCUUAAAGGAUACUCUUCUUUUAACCAUCAGCAGACAUUCUCCAGUGUGACUUUUGGGUAUGCCACAGAGAUGCUGAAGGUAAAAAUAUAGUAUCUCGGGGAUUUGAAGGCAUCCUGCUUCUGGUUGGGCAGGGACUAGGUAGAGUCGCAUCAUGUCUGAAGUAGUCCGAGUGGUACAAUGGGUAAAAAUGUGUCUCAUCAGGUUGGCCCCGAGGUUCCAGGGAGGGUGGUUUUCUGUUGUUUCGUGUAUCCUCCGUGGUCUUAUGAGGACUUGGGAAAGGGAACUGCCCUGUGUAUUUGUUUAAAACUGUCCCCAAGAUGGCUGAUCCCAGUAGAAGGAAAUAGGGAAGGACUGAGUGUCUUUUCCUGGCUUCAGGUCCACCGAGUGUGGAAGUCAUUGCCCAGGGCACCAUUGCUCAGCUUGUGGAGAGAGCCCUGCAUGUCUGCUUGGAAUGAAAGUCCUCCAUGGCAAGAGCACCAGAACAGACCAAGCUGGGCCAGUCUUCCCACUGCUGCCACCGAACACUGACUUGUCUUUUAAGUUUUCAGUUUCAGUGGGGAAAUAAGGGCAGCAGAUAAUGGCGGCUUUGUUCAGUUUGACCUGACAAGGAACACAAGAAGUUUUUGGGGAGGCUCACCUAAGGAUCCCAUUAGCCAGAUAUUACAACUGUAACUCCAGGGAGAUUUUUUUUGUCUUGUUUUGUUUACAUCAUGAAACUUAGUAAGAUAUAAUAUGUAAUAUGUUAUAGUGUGUGACACAAGACAAUAUGUGAUGUAUCAUGUAUAACAUACAUAUCAUAUUAUAUAAUUAAGUAAUAUAAGUAUAAUUAUAGAAAUUUAAUAAUUUGUGUAAAUAUUACAUUUGUUUAUUUAAAUAUAAAAAUUAAAUGACACAUAUAUUAGUAAGUUUAUAUAUAGAUGAUACGGCUACCAAAUACAUUUAAAAUUACGUCAUCUACACAGUCACGUCCUUGCUCUGAACCUCUGUCAAUGGACACGUGUAAACCUGUUGUUCCUCAACGUGAUGUAGACUCUUCUUCACCAUUGCUGCACUCUCAGGAGCCCCGUUGGGCUGUGCUGUGUUCAUUACAAAAGAAGUCUUUAGGCUAAAUACGCAUUUAAAUACUUUGUAGCCAGGAACAUCCCCAGAAGGAGGAGCUUGAAUCCUGCCUGCUCCAUCCACUAGCUGAGAAGCCUUCACCUUCUUGUGAAUCACUUUCUGUGAGAAAUGGUUUUUAGGUUAUAUCUGCCUCCCGAAGGAAUGGUGCGAACUGGAGCUAACAGGCACAGGAUAUUACAAACACAACAUCCUUACCUCUCCUGUUUACUACAACAGCUACAGUUCACCUGAUGCUUGAAAUCAGCUAGCUCCUUCUGUCUUCACCACAGAGCCCUGAGGCAAAGGUUGCAACCCUCCUCUGACAGACAAGGAACCAAACUCGGUCUGGGUCUCCACCUCUAACCUAUUAUGUGUGCUGCUCUCUGUUUUCCCAGGUGACAGGAGAAGGGUCCUUCAGUAAAGGUGUGCUUAGCCUUAGCCUGAUCUUCUGUAAUCAAUAAUAAUUCCAUGAGGAUAUUUUUUGAGUCAUUCAAAAUUUUCGUUUAUUGAACGAGAACUCAAGAUUGUAAAAGGAGGGACUUGUGGGCACACUCGGUGAGUGGAGUGCCUGCGUCACAAGCGUGGGAACGGAGCUCUGAUUCCAGGCUGGGGGUGAAACCAGAAGGAGCCCAGGUUCACUGGCAGCCGCUCUAGCUGAACAGUCAACUCUAGGUUCAGUGACAUACACACACACACACACACACAUACACACACACACACAAACAUACACACACACAAACACACAUACACACACAUACACACAUACACACACAUACACACACAAACAUACACACACACAAACACACAUACACACACAUACACACAUACACACACAUACACACACAAACAUACACACACACAUGCACACAUACACACACACAAACAUACACACACAUACACACACAAACAUGCACACACAAACAUGCACACACACAGAGAUAUAACACAUACACACAAACACACAUCACACACAAGCAUACACACACAGAUACAACACAUACACACACACAUACACACAUAUACACACACAUACAUACAUAUACACACACAUACACACACAUACACACAUAUACACACACAAACAUACACACACAAACAUGCACACACACAGAUAUACACAUAUACACAAAUACACAUCACACACAAGCAUACACACACAGAUACAACACAUACACACAUGUACACACACAUACAUAUACACACACACACGUACACACACAUACACACACUCACACAUCUCAAAAGAGCAAUGUUAAGAGUAAGAAAAGACAUCUGACGUUAACCUUUGGCCUCCACAUCCACCAUAUAAUAUAUGGUUAUAUAUAAUCAACAUCUAAUAUGUAGGUGAGCAAACCACUGCUUGCUUGCUCUCCCUCUCUAUCCCCUUUCUCACUCUCUCCCUUUCUCUCCCCACCUCUUUCUCUCCCUCUCUUCUCUCUUACUUUCUCUCUGUGUCUCUCUCUGUCUCUCUCUCUCUCCCUCUCUCUCUCUCUCACACACACACACACAUAAUUGUAAUAGAUAUCAACUACUAGAAAUUGUAUCUCUCCUGCUAGAACACAGAGAACGCUCACCCACUGUAAGGGGAAAAAGUUUAAACAUUUGCCAUCUUGACUGAUACAAAUGACAUUAAUUUCCUUGCAUGCUCUUUUGUUUUUCUUCCAUCUAAAUACAUGGGCCUUCUUUCUUGAUUUUUAGACAAGCCUGUUGAAUUCCCGGCAUUCUUGGACUCACCCUAAUUUUUUUUUUACCACGUAGUCUCUCGACAGUUUGUUUCUUUGAUCCCAGUUUUCAGCUCCAAAGCUUGCAUGAUCGUCUCCAUACAUGCAAACAAUUUGCCUUUCAAAUUCUGAGCAGCCUCACCUCCUGAAAGGCCAGGCCAGCUCUUCCCUGUCAUCUCUGCCAUGCGUGGACUUUUCAAAUGUUUCUAUCCCUCCCCACAGCAAGGAAGGCCUCGCUAGUCUAAGGGUGUUUCAGAAGAAAGUUACCUUAAUGUCAGCAAUCAGAGUUAACUUAUCAACCCAAAGAAAAACAACCACAACACACAAAGCUCUAGACUCCUUUUAAAUACCAGUUUAGCUCGAGUCUGUGAUUUGGGUUACUUUCCACUUCUUUUAAGAGCUAAACACAACCUAGUAAAGAGAGGUCUUUGAAGUGUGAGCUCGUUGACCAUUUCUGGCAUGGAGCAUCCAACCCAGCUGAACGCGUCUUGGAAGCGGCUCCAGCUUCAUCAGCAAGUGCUGGGAGAUGACGUCACUGUGGGAUUUCAACCGAACUUUAUGUUCUGGUAAACAGUGCGAUGUUGCAGUUACCACUGGUGGAUUCUUUUUCCCCUGGGAAGCGCCAGCAAAGCUCCUUCUUCAUGUGCAGGCCUCAUUUGAAGGGUAGAGUGGUGCGAGCCUGAGAGAGGGGUGGCAGGUGCUGAGGAAGAUGGUUAAAGACUCUGUGUGUGGAGGGCCACGUUCUUGGUUAGCACCACUCCGCUGUGAGCAGGAUGCUGGGGGAAAAAACAAAAACAAAAAAGGAGUUCCUUGGGAAAUAAGCUAUUGGGGAAAUAGGCUCUUACUUGGCCUAGUCUCCCACUUUGGUGCUCAUGUAUAAACAAUUCCAUAUUAGAGAUAAUGUAGGUCAGUUUGACUUAAAUCCUUUUCUUAGAUCAAUAAUGCAUUCAGGAGGCUGUAGCUAUAAUCUUGAAAGCAACGGCCACUCCGGCUGAAAUGAUAAUAAUGAAAGAAUCCAGCAGAUAGUUAUGCAAGCUUUACCCUAAAUUAAAAAAAAAAAACAAAAAACAAAAAACAAGAGAACAUUGCUUGUCACCAAACUAGAAACAGAACAGAAAUGCUAGAGUUCCUAUAGAAAUAAGUGCAUGAAAAAUCCCCUGCUUACCAAGCUGUCUCCACUGUCUGUUUCCUCAAAUUAGAAUGUUCAUAGCAGAACGCAUCCCACCAGAAAACUUGUUUGCUUCCCCCCCCACCUCUAUCCUCUCCCUCUCUCUCUCUCUCUUUCUGUCUGGUGCACACAUGUGUCUGUGUCUAUGUUCCCAUGCGCACACACCCGUGUGUGUGUGUGUGUGUGUGUGUGUGUGUGUGUGUGUGUGUGUGUGUUUAGCACUUCAGGGAACACUACAAAGUUGUUUACAAAACAGGUUUUCUUCAAAAAAACCAAAAUUAAUUUGGUAAUGAAUAUAAAUAAAUAAAUAAAAAUUAUCUCACAAUACCAUUCUAAUUCCUCAAAGAAAGCUAAACCAGGUUUCAAAAUAUAAAGUUAUACUGGUGGGGUAGCUUGUGAGCACAUCACAGUUUAGAGGAAUAGUGCCAGACCCCAUCAGCCAGCUCCUUUCGUCUGUUCCCAAUGUCUAUUUCUUCCUACAACACACACACACACACACACACACACACACUAUUUUUUAAAUUGUGAAUUUUAUUUUCUACAGAGUGAGACACACACCUAAAAUGAUAAUAGAACCAUACACAGGGUGGUUUCUCUUGUCUACAGCUCUUCCUUUCUUUGUAAGGUAACUCUCGCAAGUGAGUCUCACCUGACUAGCCCUCAUCACUGACUCCAGCUGCCUUUUCCUCUCAGGCUGUCUGCCUCUCUCACAAGUCUGUUGCCUCAUAGAAGGCUUUGGGUAAUACAGGAGCAAACAUGAUCCAGAGUGUUAUUUUACAGAAGUCCCGGAGGGGGUCAUGUAUCCUGAACGACAGAGGGACAGAGAAUGAGAUUUAGAUGUGAGGUUUUGCAGCUUUCUUGGCCCUUAACAAAGCCAGGGCGCAGCUGCCUGGCUUCCUCAUUUGGUUUGGUGUCCUGCGAAUCCCCAAGCAGAAAACUCAUUCUCUGAUUCAUGUGUAAGUACGGAAACACUUCUAAACAGCCAGGUUGACUUCAUGUGUUAUUUUUAAUGUCCUUAUCCUCCAUUAGCACUGAUAGAUUAUUACUACCUGGAUAAGAAGUAUAAGAGAGCUCUCUGCCUCUGUCUCCCUUUCUCUUUCUCUCCCCGCCCCUGUGUUCACAUGUAUGUGUAUGCGUGCAUGCUCGUGUGCGUGUGUGCAUGUCUCUGUGUGUGUGUGUGUGUGUGUGUGUGUGUGUGUGUGUGUGUGUGUGUGUGCUCUGUGUCCAAGACUCUCACUGAACCUGAGGCAAAGCUGGUAAUUCACAAGCUCUGGAGAGCAGCGGUCUCUCCUCCCAACUCUCCUUGUCACAGGCAUCCGUGGCCUUGCAUACACUGGACUCUCAUGGGGAUGCUUGGGACUCAAACUUGGGUCCAUGCUGAUGCAGUGCCCAUAGCUCCGAUUGGUUACCCACUGAGCUGCCUCCCUGGCACUCCUGGUAUCGUUCAAGUUAUGUAACCUCAUCCAAGUGAAUAUCCAUGGAGGGGAUCAUUCCUUAGCAAGAGUUUGUUAUCUGUUUCAGGAGCAGUUCACCCAAAAUGGAUGUCUAUUCUAACCCAAACGCAGAACCAAUCCUAUACAGAGAACUGAAAGUAGCGACAUUAAGUACAGACCGUCUUGAGAAACAGCCUACGCCAGGUCCACAUCAGAGCAUGACUCUGUUUCUCUUCUUACCUGGUAAACUCACAGAAAAAUCAGAAAUACUUUUCUUUAUAAAAUUUGGGGGUUGGGGAUUUGGCUCAGUGGUAGAGCGCUCGCCUAGGAAGCGCAAGGCCCUGGGUUCGGUCCCCAGCUCCGAAAAAAAGAAAUUUAAAAAAAAAAAAUUUGAUGAGGCAGAAAACCCUUCCCCACUGGUCAUCAAAUGGCGAUGCAGUAUGAUUUUACAAUUCGGUCCGUCUUAGAACUUGGCUAUGUUCUAGCUCCCUGUGAUUUCCCAGAGCCAACCACUUGAGGAUUUUUGGCUGCUUGCCUCUAGUCAGGCACAGAUGCUUUUAAUAAAGGGGGGGUAACCACCUUCUGGAGACAUCCCUGCUUUACAACACUCAAGAAAUAUCAACACUCUUUUAUUAACAAGAAGAAAACAAUUGAAUAGCGAACAUUAUCUGUGUAUCUGCUUUUUAUCCCUCUUUGUGCUACAUAAAAUAGACUAUUUCUCAUGUUAGAGAAAAGUCUACCACAAGCCUAAAUCUGCAAGGUAGCCCAGGGGAUCCCAAGAACAUGCCUGCCCUACAACUGAGAAGCCAUAUUGAGGUGUAAUAAUUAAUAAAAAUCAAAUUAAAGGAUAAAAAUUAACA